UAAUUGACUUUAUCUGCGACUGCUCUUCUCUUUUGUUCACCUGGAAAUUCCUAGUGCAGUGUAUAAAUAAUGUUACUUUGAAACAAAAAAAUUAUCUGCCGUUUUUACUAUUAGACAGUCUGAAGUCUGGCAGGCACUAUCGAUUAUGUUCGCUGUGACGUACGUGUGGACGUUGUUUGACGAAGUCGGAAAUGAAUUGAAGCUUAGCGUUGGAGAUCAUCAAAAUAGUGAAAUGCUUUAGUUUUCAAAUCGUACAAUUCAAUAACAUAUAUCAGAUAUUCAGCUACACGGACUACCGAUUUCGUUAACGAUUGGUUAGUUACAUUGCUUCGAUCAAGAUGGAGCAGGACACUGGCCCAGAGUAUGUGGCCUCACCACCUUCAGGUGCAGCAAAGUCAAAGUUGGACACGUUGUCCAAGGAUGACCUCAUCAAGUUUGCCAAGAAGCAGAUGGCUGCCAUCCAGAAGAUGAAGUCCAAAUGUGCAGAUUUGGAAAAUGAGGUUGACACCCUCAAAUCUCAGCCAACAGGCAAGUCAGACGACUCCGUCAUACAGGAGCUGACCGAGAGGAUGAGUGCCUUGCUGCUGGAGAGGGCUGAGACCCAGCAGAGUGCAGUGUUACUGCGGAAGGACAAUGAGAAGAUCAAGCAGCGGGAACAGGACGCAGUAAGGAAACUGGCCACCCUGCAGGGAGAGUUGAACCAGGCCAAGGAAGACCACCAGAAAAAGAUGGCCACUUUUGAGAAGGCCAUGCACGUAUCCCAGGCCAAACACAAAGAAGAAGUCAAAUUCUUUCAGAGUUUUCUGAGAGAGAAAGACGAGAGUGACAGAGAGAAAGAAAAGCAGAGGGAAAGCAAAAAGGAAGAUACAAACGACAGUGGAGAAGCUGUUAGUCACAGCCUGGAGUUGCAGAUCCUGAGUCUGCAGACGGAGCUAGCUGCAGCCGUGGAGCGAAGCGCCCAGGAGGCUGCAGCGCUGCAGGAGGACCACCAGAAGGCACAGACAGAGGCCCAGCAGGAAGUAGAGAACCUACGAGAGGAGUUGGCCCAGCAUAGCAUGCAACAUGAAGAGGAGCUGAGAGCUCUGGAGAAGGACUUUGAGAUGGAGAGAGAGAGACUGCUAUUCCUCCAAGAGGAACUCAGUGAGCAGCUCGCUCUCAAAGACAGCUUCCUGCAGGAUGUGCAGGAGGAAGAGGAGGAGCCUAGCGGCCGCAGCUCAGGUAUAGCCAGGAUGUUGGAGCUGUCUGGUUUAAGUCAGAUUGAUGCCAGUGAUGGAGAGACGGAGACUGGACAGCUCCGAUCCGCCUUGGAGGACCUACAAUCCCAGAAUACCAUGCUGCAAGAUGAACUGACCUUCCUGGGCAAUGUGAAAACUCAACUGGAGGCGGAGCUUGAUAGGGUGAGGGAGGAGUUUCAGACAGAGAAGGAGGAGCUAGAGUUUAAGAUCGAUGAGUUGCUGAUGACACAGGAAGGUGCGACCCCUGACCUGAAUAUGACCACUUACCGAGACCCUCUGAGCCCGGCAACCCCCAAGUGUGACCUUCAGGAGGUUCCAGCCCUCACUCAGCUCCAGCAGAGCGGGCCACAGAGAGAACCAGCGUACAGCCUGCCUGCCAGCUCUGCUAGCCCCUCCAGUCCCAGACAGAGCUUGUCCAGCCCUGUCCCUGACACAGACCACCAGAGCUUGACCCUGGAAGAACAGCAGAGACUGAUCCUGGAGGUCCAGGAGCUGAGGGCCCAGUGUGAGACCUUAGCUAGAGAGAAUACCCAGGCGGUGGGUGAAUGUGAGUCUCUAGCCAAAGAGAGGAGCCAGGCGGUGGCUGGGUACGAACACACCAGAGACAUCCUGAGAGGCCUGGAGACUGAGCUAGGUCAGAGGACCGGGGACUUCGUCAGACAGUAUGAAGCUAUGAAGGAACAGGGGACGUCAGCGAUCCAGGAGCUACAGGAGAGAGUCAGAGGGCUAACUGAGGAGAGAGAGAGUCUGGUGGAGAAGGUGAGAGUGCUGAAUGAAGACAGAGCGAGCCUGCUGGAGAAGGUCCAGGGCCUGGAGAAGAGGCUGGAGAGCUUCCUGGAGCAGACACAGGCAGCCAAGGGGCUGAAGGAGCAGCUGCAGAUGUCUUUGGAGGAGAAGACAGAAUUAGCUCUCGAAUUAAAAACCUCUCUGGAGGAGAAGACUGUGUUAGCCUCUGAGCUAAAGGCCUCUCUUGAGGAGCAGACAGCGUUAACCCUCGAGCUAAAGGCUUCAAUGGAGGAUCUGAGCAGGCAGAACGGGGAGAUCCUCUCUCAGCUACAGAUGAAGGAGAGUGCUGUUCAGGAGUUAGAGGAGACACUCAAUGUGGUGAGCACAGAGAGAGACCGAACACUGUCAGCACUGCAGGACAGAGAGAUGGGGGUGGUGAGGCUGAGGGAGGAGAGGGAGGUGGAGGAGAGUCAAGGCCAAAGAGAAAAGGAGGCUGAGCUACAGGCUCGUAUAGAGGAGCUGGAGAAGGAGAGGAGCCUGCUAAAGAGCAGCCUAGGGGAGGUGCAGAAGGAGAGGUCUGAGGAGGUGCAGGGGAGCCCAGGGGAGGAGGUGGAGGAGCUGCAGGCUCGUAUAGAGGAGCUUGAGAAGGAGAGGAGCCUCCUGAAGUGUAAUCUGGGGGAGCUGGUGGGGGAUACUGAAGCUCUACAGAGAGACCUGGGAGAGAUGAAAGUGGCCAAUGAGAAGAUGAGAACAGAGAACCAGGAACUGCUGGCCCAGGUCAGCAAGGCUACAGAGACACUGGCAGACAAAGAGAGGGAGCAGAAGGAGGAAGAACAAGCGGAGAGGAGAGAGCUACAACAGCAGCUAACAGAGAAGGACAAAGUCAUAUCUCAGCUGAAGAGUGAGAUUGCUGUCCUACAGUCUACAGCCUCCACUGUGUCAGAGGAGAACACAGCCAGUGAGUUCACUGAGAAAAUCGCCCUGCUGGAGAAGGAAAGAAAAGAGAAGGAUGAGAGGAUGAAUAAGAUCAAGGCUGUGGCUGUGAAGGCCAGGAAGGAGCUGGACACCAGCAGGAAAGAGGCUGUGUCUCUGAAGGAGGAAAUGGAGGUGUUGAAGGCUGAGAGAGAGAGAGUAACCUGCUCAAUGAAAGACAUCAUCCAUGGAGCAGAGGGAUACAAGAACUUGCAGCUGGACUACGACAGGCAGACAGAGCAGCUGGAUAAGGAGAGAGAGAAGGUUGAGGGAGCUGAGAAACAGAUCUCAGAGCUGACCAAACGACUCAACACCGCUGUACAACAGCAUGAGCAGCUGUGGUUGGAGAGAGAGGACCUGAUGACUGGGAUGGAGACUCUGAGGAGCAUGGUGAGACAGAUGGAAGGACAGACAGCAGAGCUACACAGACAGACAAACACCCUGAACAGAGACCAUCAGGCUGAGAGACUACUGAAGGAACAGAAGACAAAGGAACUGUCGUCGUUGCAGAAGGAGGUAGAGGAGUUGACAGCUCAGCUCCGCAGACAGAAGCAGCAGUCUCAACAGACAACACAAGAGCUGGAGCAGCUACGCAAGGAGGCCCAGCAGAGCUCGUUGUUGGACAUGGAGAUGGCAGACUAUGAACGCCUGGUCAAAGAACUCAACACCAAACUGUCAGAGAAAGAUGUGUGUGUGGAGGAGCUGAAAACACAAAUACACACACACACUCAGAAAGAAGAAACACUCAACCAGAAGAUUGAGGGUCUGAAGUCCCAGCUGGAGCAGGGGGAGGACAAGAGCUCCAAGAUGAAACAGCUGCUGGUGAAAACCAAGAAAGACCUGGCGGACGCAAAGCGACAGGAAGCCUCUCAGAUGAUGACCCUUGCCUCUCUGAAGGGAGAACUGGAGACCCACCAACAGCAGCUAGAGAACAGUAAGAUCCAGUGUUGUGACCUGUCUGGGGAGCGCCACAGGCUGCAGGAGCAGCUGAGGACUCUGACGGAACAACAGCAGAGAACAAGCAGCUCCCUGCAACACCGACUGACCACGCUACAGCAGGAGGCCAACACUGCCAAGGCUGAGCUGUCAUCUGUCACUACUGAGUUUGACAGCUAUAAGGUCAGAGUUCACAAUGUCCUCAAACAGCAGAAGAACAAGAGUUCAGCCCAGAGCGACGGACACGCCACCAAACAGGAGAGGGACCAGAUGGAGUCCAUGGUGGACCAGUAUAAAGCCAAGCUGCAGGUCAGUCAGCAGACUCUGGCGGUGAGCACUGCAGAGUUCCAACAGCUCCAGAUGGAACACGACACACUGCUGGAACGACACAACAAGAUACUGCAGGAGACCGUCACUAAAGAGGCUGAACUCAGAGAGAGACUCCUGUCUCUCCAGGCGGAGAGUAUGUCACUGCGGACAGAGCAUGCCCAGACGGUGGGUCAGCUUACCUCCCAGGCCGACUCCCAACGUUCAGGGUUCCGGGAGCAGAUCCGCCACCUUCAGGACGAACACAGAACUACAGUAGAGACCCUGCAGAACCAGACGACCAGGCUGGAGAACCAACUAUUCACAUUGCAGAACCAGACCAGUCCAGCUCCAGUCCAGACCAGUCGUAAGCCAGUGGUGGACCGCCGGACCGUGGACCACGGGGGGAUGGGGGGGCUGGGCCUGGGCCUCAGUGACCUCCAGUCCAUGGCUAGAGAGGAGGGAGAGGGCAUGGAGACCACUGAGACAGAGUCGCUGUCCCCCACACACACACCCCUACCCUCACUGGAGCAACUACUCACCUCCCCAGACCCCAAACAGGAGCCGUUUGUGUGGCAGGUGGAGCCAACUAAAGAGGAGUUAAAUCAGAAGUUGGCCACAGCUACACGCAGUAUGGAACACAUGAACAGUCUACUGCAUGAGACCGAGGCUACCAAUGCUGUUCUGAUGGAACAGGUCAACCUGUUGAAGUCUGAGGUGCGUCGUCUGGAGCGUAACCAUGAGAGAGAGAAGAGUGUAGCCAACCUGGAGUAUCUGAAGAAUGUCCUCCUGCAGUUCAUCUUCCUGCGGUCAGGCAGCGAGAGACAGGCUCUGCUCCCCGUCAUACACACCAUGUUACAACUCAGCCCUGAGGAGAAGAAUAAACUGGGUGCUAUCGCAAUGGGUGAGGAGGAGGUGGGAGGAGCAAGAGGCUCCGGAUGGACCUCCUACCUACACAGCUGGUCUGGCAUCAGAUGAACACACACACAUCAACUAUUGCCAUCUCUCUACCUGCCUUCACUUUCAUCUGGUCAAUAUGUCUGAUCAACUGGAGUUAUUGAAAAGUCUUAAUAUAUUAUUGAUGAUCAUUCAUCUACUUGAAAUGAAGCAAGUACUGACAGCAGCAAAACAAGCCAGUACUCUUUUAACUGUUUAGUUACUGGACCGGUCAUGGUGUGAUGAUUCCUCAUUGCCUCCCAUUCAAUACUUGGAUUAAUUUUUACGACUGAAUUUGUUGCUUCAUAAUAAUCAGCUCCAUGCAGCGCCUAAGUUACAAUGGUUAAUGAAGUGAACUAUGACUGUGAUAACACAUUUCAGUUAAGCUCUAAUGCAGAGUGGUCAAUCAACAAUUAUAAACUGGGUGGUUCGAGCCCUGAAUGCUGAUUGGCUGGCAGCCGUGGUAUAUCAGACCGUAUACCACGG